UAACAAUUCAGUAUUAUUCCUACUUCCAAUGUGAGCGGUUGCAGAUAAAUAUUAAACUUGAGAUUGAAAAUAAAAAUAAAAAAUAAAAUAAGGGCAAAAAGAUGGUGUUUAUCGAAUUGGGGCUUGUGUCCUUGCUGCUCCUGUACAUUUUCUACAAAUGGGCAACACUUAAGUACAACACAUUCAAAGAGCGCGGUGUGCCAUUUGAAGAGCCAUGGCCGCUAGUGGGCAACGCCGGAGCGGUGGUCUUAAAUAGGGAGGGCUUCAAUAAGACUUUGCUGGACUUUUACAACCGCAAUAGAGAGCAUGAUAUCGUUGGUUUUUACAAUUUUCGUUCACCAAUGUUUUCGGUUCAAAAUCCAGAGUACAUUAAGAAAAUGAUUGUGAAGGAUUUUGAUUUCUUCGUAAACCAUGCACCAUUCUUCAACUCCGAAGAUGAUCCGCUUGUUAACGGUAUGCUGACCGUAAUGAAGGAUCAGCGUUGGAAGAAUAUGAGGAACACACUUACACCGAUUUUUACUGCCGCCAAAAUGCGUGCCAUGUUUAGUUUAAUGACUGAAUGUUUUAAUGAAAGCUUGGAUCGACUUCGUGAGGAAACUAAGGGCGGCAAAAGCCAUGAUGUUGAACUUAAAGGAUGGUUCACACGAUUGUCAAACGAUAUUAUCGCUUCUACAGCAUUCGGACUUAAGGUCAAUUCAUAUGUGGAUCAGAAUAAUGAAUUUUAUUCUAUUGGACAAGCCAUUGCCAAUUUUCGAGGAAAACAAAUGCUGAAGUUCUUUAUAGCGAACGCAAUGCCCUUAGUUCAGAAGAUACUUGGAUUUAAAGUGUUUGACGCUGAGAAAACAGAUUAUUUCAAACGACUGGUUAUUGAUACAAUGAAAUAUCGGCAGGAACAUAAAAUACAAAGACCAGAUAUGAUCCAAUUGCUGAUUGAAGCCAGAGAGGAGACUGAUCAAAACUGGUCCGAUGACGAUAUCGUGGCGCAGUGUUUCAUAUUCUUUUUCGCUGCAUUUGAAAACAAUGCGAAUUUCACAGCAACCAUUUGUCAUGAGUUGAUGGAAAACCCUGAAGUACAGGAUCGCCUUUUCAAGGAGGCGUUGGAGGUGCGUGACCAACUUGCUGGUAAGCCUUUAACUUAUGAAGCAGUAAUGAAAAUGAAGUACAUGGACAUGGUUACCUCGGAAACAUUACGCAAAUGGUCACUGGCAGGAGCGCUUGAUCGCUUAUGUUCAAAAGAUUACGAUCUCACCGACGACAAAGGCAAUUUGAUCUUUAAAUUUAAAGCCGGUGAUUAUAUUUGGUUCCCUGUUGUGGGUCUACAUAAUGAUGAAAGAUACUUCGAAGACCCCAAUUUAUUUAAGCCUGAACGAUUCAGCGAAGAAAAUAAGGACAACAUUAAACCUUACACUUAUUUGCCUUUCGGCGCUGGUCCGCGGAUGUGCAUUGGAAACCGAUAUGCACUAAUGCAAGCCAAGGCCAUGAUGUACUAUAUGAUUUUGGAUUUCAAGAUCGAACGUUCUGCAAAAACGGUCAAAAAUAUCGUGGAUGAUGUGCGCGGAUUCCAAGUAAAUCCAUUAGGUGGAUUCUGGGUCAGGCUGGUACCUCGAAGCAGCUAGUUUUUUAUA